CAGGACAAGGAGGCGAGCCGUAAAGUGCGGUGUUUUGGGGAUUGGAGGAGGUCAUUAGAAAGUGAGGAGUAGACACCGGCCCAGCUUCGAAACGCACAGAGACCUUCAGCGUCAGUGUAUCUCUAAUGCCGGAGUAAGAUCAAUUAUUUAACAGCUGUGUGUGUGUUGUGUUUGAAUCGCUGCGGAAUGCUUCGUCUCAUCCUGCGGCUCAGGCCUGCAGCCGGGCCCGCCUGCCCCCGUGCCCUCCCGGCGGGGCCUGCUGCGCUCAGCUCCCGCACCGUUCCCGGAACCAGCCGCCUGAGGAGACUUCACUGCGGGGCCGGGUCCCGGGCGGGGUGUUUGUCAGCCGGCCUCGGCCACAGAGCGAGCCUGCUGCGGAGUCACCUGCUGACAGGUAGCUGUCAGAGCACGCGCUUCUACAGCCUGCCGCCGCACCAGAAGGUGGAGCUUCCCGCUCUGUCACCCACCAUGCAAACAGGAACGAUCGCUCGCUGGGAGAAGAAGGAAGGAGACAAAAUCGGCGAGGGAGAGCUUAUAGCUGAAGUAGAGACUGACAAGGCAACUGUAGGUUUUGAGAUGAUGGAGGAGUGCUAUCUGGCAAGGAUCCUGGUUCCAGAAGGGACCAGAGAUGUCAGCAUUGGAUCAGUAAUCUGCAUCACAGUUGACAGCCCUGAUCUCAUCUCAGCUUUCAAGGAGGUCACGUUGGACUCACUUAAAACGGCAGGUGCGGGUCCCUCGCCAACGGCCUCCGCUCCUCCUCCUCCUGCUGCCGCUCCUGCUGCUCCGGGCAGCUCCUACCCCCCGCACAUGAAGAUCACACUUCCUGCUCUCUCUCCCACCAUGACGAUGGGGACAGUGCAGCGCUGGGAGAAGAAGGUCGGAGAGAAGCUGAGUGAAGGAGAUCUGCUGGCUGAGAUUGAGACUGACAAGGCAACCAUUGGCUUUGAGGUGCAAGAGGAAGGGUAUCUGGCCAAAAUCAUGGUGGCAGAGGGAACCCGGGAUGUUCCACUGGGACAACCGCUCUGCAUCAUUGUAGAGAAAGAAAGUGACAUCGCUGCCUUCAAGGAUUACGUGGAGACCGGAGUGGCAGAGGUUUCGAUGCCAGCUCCAGCUCCAGCACCCACACCGGCUGCAGCUCCAGCUGUUGCAGCACCCGCUCCUGCAGCUGCAGCCGCUGCCCCAGCAACACCCAGGAAGGGUCGUGUGUUUGCAAGUCCGCUGGCCAAGAAACUUGCUGCUGAUAAAGGAAUUGACCUAGCACAGGUCAGCGGCUCUGGUCCUGAUGGACGCAUUACUAGGAAAGAUAUCGACAGCUUUGUUCCACCAAAGGCUGCGCCUGCGGUAGCUGCUGCUCCCACUCCAGCCGCAGCUCCAGCUGUUCCUGCACCUGCCGCAGCUCAUGCUGCCCCAGCCGGGACCUUCACAGACAUCCCUAUCAGCAACAUCCGCAAGGUCAUCGCUCAGAGGUUGAUGCAGUCCAAGCAAACUAUCCCCCACUAUUAUCUCUCUGUAGAUGUUAACAUGGACCAAGUGCUCGAGCUUCGGAAAGAGCUCAAUGCUGAAGUGAAAGCCCAGAAUAUUAAGCUUAGCGUGAAUGACUUCGUCAUCAAAGCUAGUGCUCUGGCCUGCCUCAAGGUUCCUGAGUGUAAUUCCUCCUGGAUGGACACAGUGAUUCGCCAGAAUCAUGUGGUGGACCUGAGCGUAGCUGUGAGCACAGCCAACGGUCUCAUCACGCCCAUAGUGUUUAACGCCCACACUAAAGGAUUGGCUGCCAUCAGCUCUGAUGUUUCAUCUCUUGCUGCUAAAGCCAGAGAAGGCAAACUGCAGCCACAUGAGUUUCAGGGAGGUACGUUCACAAUUUCUAAUUUGGGGAUGUUUGGCGUCAAGAACUUCUCAGCGAUUAUUAACCCUCCUCAGUCCUGUAUCCUCGCCGUCGGAGGCUCAGAGAAGCGGCUGAUGCCCGCUGAUAAUGAGAAAGGGUUCGAUGUAGCCAACAUGAUGGCUGUGACGCUGAGCUGUGACCACCGGGUGGUGGACGGUGCCGUCGGCGCUCAGUGGCUUGCAGAAUUCCGCAAGUUCCUGGAGAAACCGGUCACCAUGCUGUUGUGAUUGGACUGUACUGCCGUGAAAAUAAAAACUGCAGCAACAAGGCCGAGGCCUCUCAUGGACUUCCAUCUGAUUGGUCUAAACCGGUUUAGACCCUCCUGUGAUUUGCCAGCCUAUCACCAGGUCACUCCCAGUCACCCUUAUGGGGAAGAGGCAGACAUCACUCCGCUUUACCUGUCUGUCUCUCCUGUCUGUCUCUCUCUCUCUCUCCCCUCUUGCUCUUUAUCUCUCUCUCACUCAUGUCUAUUUAUUGAGGGCCCUUCUCAUGACAGACCAGAGUUAGAAUAAUUGAUCCUAGAAUAGAGACUGGCUUUAUCUCACUUAAACAGUGAUAAAGUUUUGAAAAGGGAAAUGUUACAUGUCGAACCAGCGAGCAAAUUUAUCCUAAAACCUAUGGGUGUGUGUGUGUGUGUGUGUGUGUGUUUUUUUGGGUCAAACUUCAACAUGAAUUUUUGUGAUGUGAUAGACAGCAGGCAAAGCAGAUAUAUAUGGGUCUAAGUCUCUAAGAAAAGGGUUGUGAUUUUUAAUUUGUGUGCUUGCAGGCAGUGAGAAGAGUAAAAUGUAAGUUAACUUGAGGUGACACACAGAGUCCAGGUCUACACACACACACACACACACACAAACCUUUCCCGGUUUAAAGGCCACACACACAUAAAGUGAAACAUUUAGUGUGUUUUCUGUUGAAUGCAACAGUGUGUAUACUUCUCACUGUGGAAAGAACACGGUGCUGUAUAUAUAUAUAUGGAGGUGUCAAUGGAAAUAACGGAGCUCUGACGAGGCCUCGCCGUAUAAUUUAAAAUUUGUACAGUCCAAAAAUUACAACACACGCUCCCACGGGGGUAACUGACCGGUUUUGCCAAUUCUCUCUUCCAUGACAAUGUUUUAUUUUCUAGUCUCAGAGUAAAACACUCACCCUUGAAAUAUUCUGUAUUUCACAGCUGACACGCACAAGGCUGGUGCUGGAUGUUAUUUGUUGUUUGAAUAAACUGGGAGAAGUAAACCUUG